UCCUUGUUUAAUUGGAAUACCGAGAUUAAACUCAUGAAGAUCAUACACAGGUUUGGCGUCGCCCUGAAUGCACUCAGUUCGUGAGAGUGGUGGUCUUAGGUUCAAAUCUCAGUGUCAGCUCCAAGUUACCCUCAGACCAUGGCGGUCUCAUAUUACACUGUUGAACUGGUCAAAUGGUUUGCAGAUGAUUAUAUGUGUCAUUAUCUCCAUGACUUAAUUUAUAAUCAAGUUUUUCCUUGGUCUAACAUGAACUAUAUAUUAAUAUCUCAAAGGCUUAAUAUUCACCGAACCCUGAAGUUUUAUAUACUUAUACGCUGAUAUAAUAAUCAGAACCGUGAAUAGACAAGUAAAUUUAUUAUUUGUCCGCAGAACAUAUUGUUGAAACCAGGACUAUGUAACUUUAUUAUUGUCCGAUGUAUAGAAUUAGCAUACUUUUGUCACCCUUUCAAAUUUUAAUAAUGAAAAGCCUGCCGUGCAGCCAAAGGUAUGAAGCAUUACAUAAGUGUCUUCAGUGGCCACUGGCCAGUAGUUCUCAUCACCAGCUCCCUUGUUGUGUAGCAAUUUCGUUUAGUUCAUCGCAACCAUGGCUGCAAAACGAUUUGCAGCAUGCUUUCUUAUGCUGGUUUUGAUCUCCUUACUAGUUGCUUAUUCUUUUUCUUUACCACUAAACUGGAGAUCUUUGAAUUUAAUCAAAAAAGUAAACUGCAAAGGACCAUACAUUGGCCUUAUCACAGUGUUUCCACCAGAAGAGACUGCCUUUUUUCAGAUUGGGGCUUUUAAGCCUAAUCAAAAGCAUCCUUCUGUGGAUCUCUCAGGGAGGCGAUUCCUGGUGGGAAAGAUCCAUGACAAGAAAGUAGUCUAUGUGAGAUGUGGAGUUGGGAUGGUGAAUGCUGCUGCAGCAACACAGCAAAUGCUGGAUCUAUUUGAUAUUCUGGGAAUUGUCCAUUUUGGCAUUGCUGGCAAUGCCAACAAUUCCUUGUCCAUUGGUGAUGUGACCAUUCCCCAAGAGUUUGCUCACACUGGCAUUUGGGAUUGGCUGAACCCAAAUCGAUCUUUGAAUUAUGAUGAAGUCGCAAACUUGGACUUUAAAAGAUACAAUGUACCAAGAGGAGAUAACCUGUUGGGACACAUUGGAUUUAGUUAUGAACAAUUUUUUUCUGAGUACGGGAAGGCUAACAUUGCUCGGCCGCUGUUUUGGGCAAAUACUACUCGGCAGUGGCUUCAGGUUGCUGCCAACUUGAAGGGGAUCAAACUGAACCAAUGUUUGAAUUCAAGCGUGUGUCUGCCACAGAAGCCGCAGUUAGUUGUUGGUCUUAGGGGCUCAACAGCCAAUAUUUUUGUGGACAAUGCAGCUUACAGGGACUUCCUUUUUCAAACUUUUCGAGUUUCAUCCGUGGACAUGGAAAGUUCAGCUGUGGUAAUGACAAGCUUGUCAAACGGCUUCCCGGUGAUCGUCAUUCGAGGGCUAUCCGAUCUUGCUGGAGGACAAUCAGGACAUAACUCAAUUGACACCUUUGGGUCUCUUGCAGCUAUAAACGCUUGCAAAGUUGUUGUACAAUUUAUCAAGCAACUGCAUCUUGAUACUAGGGAACCUGGCUUUCCAAGAUCUAUACACCCCUAAAUCUGAAGGAAAAAUAUAAUUGCAUGUGGUGAGAUGUAAGUACUUAUAAGGAGAAAGAACCGUCUUUUGUUAUUGUAAAUGCUUGUAGCAUAAUACUAAAAUAAUGGAUUCAUCAAUCCUCUGUUUAUUUUGUUUGGUAAU